AUGUACGGUCUCGCAUCCAUUCUCGAGCUUUCGAUCGAAUACCUGUACCAGCAAGCACAGGCUGAUCUUCGCAUUCAAGUGCGCGUUCGUAUUGAAGGCACUGCAGUAAUCUUCAAGGCUAUCGUCACGGUUCUCGUCCUCAUGUGGGCUGGUGACAUAGCUGCCUUGCUCGCCUUCGGAUGCGGCCAGCUCGCCUAUGCCUCCGUCUUGGUCGCUGGAUAUCGAUGGCAGAGUCAGGUAGUAGCUGACAGGAGCAAGUCUCGUGAUGAAAAGACGACGAUGCUCGCAUGGGCAUUGAGCAAGCAGUCACUUGUCAAACAAUUCCUGACGGAAGGCGACAAACUCAUCGUUUCCCGCGUCAGUCCUAUUGAAGACCAGGGCGGCUACGCAGUCGCAUUGAAUUAUGGCAGUCUGAUCGCGCGUAUCGUCUUCCAGCCCGUCGAAGAGUCUUCGCGCCUGUAUUUCUCGCAGGCGCUCAACGGACGAGAGCAAGACGACAAGAGUGCAAAAGCGGACACUGCUCGUGCAUGGCAAGUGCUCAGUUCGCUCAUCACCGCUCAUUUGCACUUGGCGCUCCUUCUCGUCACGAUCGCUCCUCCGCUCGUUCCGCCCUUACUCCAUCACGUUCUGGGUGCGAGGUGGUCAGCUACCUCUGCGCCCGUGGUUUUGCAGGCCUAUUGCUACUUCAUACCUGCGCUCGGUCUCAAUGGCAGCACAGAAGCCUUUAUGCAGGCUGUCGCGUCUCCAGACCAACUGGCUCGAGUUUCGCGCCUGAUGACCGUCUUCAGCGCAAUCUACAUUGCCGCAUGCUAUGUAUUCGUGCAGACGAUGGGCCUGAAAGAGAGAGGUCUCAUCUAUGCCAACAUCGUCAAUAUGGCUUUGCGAAUCAUGCUUUGCUCUCGGUUCAUCAAACGCUAUUUCGAAAAGCGCAAAAUCACAACAGCCAGUAAAAUCUGGAGACCUGGGACUAUCGUCAUCCUCGCUUUUGCAGCAUCUGGUGCGCUCACGCGUUACACGGUAGCGAAAGUCGAUGUCUACGGCCUGCGAGGCUUCCUGGUAGCCGCAUCAGCUGGUGCUCUACUAGCAUCAGCCUGCCUUGCGCUCAGCGCAUACUGCGAGCGAGAUCGCCUCAAGCUACUUCUGACACGGCAGCGAUAG